AUGGAGAGCGACUUCUUUCCCCCGUUUCUGCGAAACGAAAAUUUCCCACAGCUUUGUGACGGUGUUUCCCUCAAGUACGAUUCGAAGAGAGGACGGCAUAUCGUUGCUACAAGGGAUAUUCCUUGCGGUGAGGUGGUAUGCUUGGACACUGGCAAGGUUGUCAAUUUAGUCGAUGGUCUGUGCUGUUAUUGUCUCAGCAGUCUACCGGAAAAUCACAACAAUCGCUACUGCGACGAUUGCGUUGGUCAGGACAGGUUGUAUGGCCCGUUCGAGCAACCCUUCAUCGACAGGUUACAGGAUCUUGGAAUGUUUCGGCUAGCAGUGCAUUUAGCGUUAUCCUAUCCUUCCGAGGAUAUACGAGCUUUUGUCAAAGCUGAAGGGCUUCAGCGAGAUACUAACAUAAUCGCCAUGGAAUCAAGCUCUCUGGCUGCGGCUCUCUCGCUUCAGAUCGAUGCAUGUCCGGUUGAUUUAUCUUCAACUGAUGAUCUGGUGAAGGAUCUUGUAAGCAGACUCGAUAAGCAUCCUUACUGGGGAAUGAUACCUGGAGCUCGUCGAUUUAGUGCAUUCACAACUGUUCUGCGGUCGGUCUCCUCACGCCUUAUGACAAAUGCGCAUACAAUUUAUUUUGUGGAUCAGCUAGAAAGACGGACGCAAGACACACACUGCGAGAAUUUCAUUCCGUCUGGUGUUGGUCUUUUUCCAGUUGCUAGUUGGUUCAACCACUCUUGCCGAGCAAAUCUCAACAGUUUUUUCUACAGAAAUAAGCUGAUCUUCGUCAGUGCGGGUAUAAGAAGAGGGGAAGAAAAUUUCCUAGCAGGACGUGGAUUCACUUGCCACUGCUCUGUUUGUCUUACCACCGAUUCAAUCGGUGACAUGUUGGAGCCAGUUGUUGAGCAUCCAGACUCGAUCGUCGAAUCUUUCAAAAGUGUGGAUGACUACAGAAAAUAUCGCAGUGCGUUUCCUGAAGGGCACAAAAUGAUCGAAACUAUUGCAGAAAUGUAUAUCGGAUCAGUAAAUGAUCCCAAGCAAAGACUGUUCUUGUACGGUGAAAUUAUUGAAUGUCAACGGCGCCGUGGUCUGCAUUUUUCGCCUGAUCAGAGUAGGUGA